AUGGAAGUCGAUAUUGCGCCCCAGUUCGGCGCGGAAUUGAAGGAUGGUUUCAAGAACGUCAACGCCUGGGUCUCGGGUGGCAUCAACUGGCUGGACGACAUCCAGCAAUUCUACCGAGAACGCAGCGCUAUAGAGAAGGAGUACUCGGCCAAGCUCAGUGCGCUCGCCAAAAAGUAUUAUGAGAAAAAGGCAAAGAAAGCGAGCAGUCUGAGCGUUGGCGAAACGCCCACAGUGACUCCGGGCUCGCUGGAAAGCGCUUCCAUGACCACAUGGGGAGUCCAACUAAGCACUCUUGAAUCUCGAGCCUCUGAGCACGAACAGUUCGCCGGCGCCCUAAUCACCCAGCUGGCCGAUCCUCUCAAGACGCUUGGUACGCGCUACGAAGAACUCCGGAAACUGCACGCCGAUUAUGCCGCCAAGUUGGAGAAGGAGCGGGACGGACAGUACGCCGAGUUACGCAAACAAAAGGGCAAAUAUGACAGCGUCUGCCAAGAGGUUGAGAGUCGCCGCAAGAAGGUCGACGGCGCAUUCGAUCAUGGCAAAAACAAAGCAAGGAACGCUUUCGAACAGCAGCAAGUCGAGAUGCGCAAUGUCAAGAAUACCUAUCUCAUCAGUAUCAACGUGACCAACAAGCAAAAGCAAAUGUACUACCACGAGUAUGUGCCCGAGUUACUGGAUAGUCUACAAGAUCUUUCAGAAACAAGAGUCAACAAGCUGAACUCCAUCUGGUCUCUGGCGGCAAGCAUUGAGACGCAAACACUCACACGCAGUACCGACUAUCUAAAGCACCUAUCAGCCGAGAUUCCUCGCAAUAACCCUUUGCUCGACUCUAUGAUGUUUGUGCGACACAACGCUGGCCCAUGGCAAGAACCGGGCGACUUCCAGUUCGAGCCCAGUCCAGUCUGGCUUGACGACAAUAGCAUUGCAGUCGACGAGUCAGCUACCAUAUUCUUACGCAACGUCCUCAUGAAGACCAAGGCUUCGCUGGGCGACUAUCGGCGCGAGCUAGACAAGAAACGCAAAGAGGUGGAAAACGCAAAGGCCAUCCGACAAAAGAUUAGGGAAGGCAAAGACAAGCGCGAUGAAGUGGAUGUGGUGCGCGCUGUUUUUGCAAUCCAGGAGGCUACGCAUGAAGUCGAGAGACAAAAAGUCAGCGCCGAAGUGGAGGUUUCAACCAUCACCUCUGCAGUAGGUGACCUCAGUAUCGGAGCUAGAAACCACAACUUCAAGUCGCAGACCUUCAAAAUACCUACGAAUUGCGAUCUCUGUGGUGACCGAAUUUGGGGCCUAUCUGCAAAAGGGUUCGAUUGCAGGGAUUGUGGGUACACCUGCCAUAGCAAAUGCGAAAUGAAAGUUCCGGCAGAUUGCGUCGGUGAGCAGACCAAAGAAGAAAAGAAGAAAUUAAAAGAAGAGCGACAAAAGGCUGCUCAUACGGUGACGAGCACGAAUGGAGCUGCAGCAGGCUCACAUUCUGAUUUGCCAAAGUUAGGAAGAAGCGAUACGGUCAACUCAAUGAAUACGCUCAGCUCGGGCUACUCUGCGACAGCACAUAGAUCAGUAACGGGCACCAUGUCUCCAACAGCUGAAGAGGCCCCUGUAGAAAAGAAGGCUUCAGCAUCCACCCCCGGCUCCAGGAGAAACCGGAUCAUUGCCCCUCCACCAGCACAAUACGUCAAGCCCGAUGAAGACGCCGGCGCACAAACACCCAAGGGUACAGAAGUAAGAGGUAGAAUGCUUUUCGCGUAUCAAGAGAAUGGGGAAGGUGAGAUAACCGUCGCCGAAGGCAGCGAUGUCGUCAUUCUGGAGCCUGAUGGUACGUCUCCCGCGCUCUCUCCCAUGUUUGAAGUCCUACUGGGUUUAAAAAGCCGCGCGCGCUCACAUGACUACUUAGACGGCUCUGGGUGGAUCAAAGUCCGCGCUGGUUCAAGAGAAGGCCUCGUUCCUACGUCCUAUGUUGAAGUCCUGCCAGCGACACCACCCACUACGGCGUCUACAUUCAGUUCAAACCGCCCGGAUUCGACGUACUCUGCUAGUUCGGCGAGCACGUCAAAUUUCACGGCAGGUGCGGCGGCAGCGGCGGGAAAGAAGAAGGGCCCUGCUGUUGCACCAAAAAGGGGAGCAAAGAAGUUGAAGUAUGUCGAGGCAUUAUAUGGUUAUACUGCACAGAGUGAUGCGGAGCACUCCAUGGCGGAGGGCGAUCGUUUCGUCCUUAUCAAUAUGGACGCUGGCGAUGGGUGGGCAGAUGUAGAAAGAGAGGGUGUGGUCAAGAGUGUACCAGCAAACUAUAUCCAGCAAGUAAUAUUCAUCAUCACUAUCACCCCCGCUCCUAUCAACUGGCGACGCAACGAGGCGACGUCUGAUUACAGCACGAGCUCUCUUGUCUAUGAAGAGAACGAAAGCGUGUUGGCCGCCGAAUUUACCGAGGAGGGCAUCAAGGCAUCGGAUCCAGAAACAGUGAUUGCAUGGGCACAUUUGUACUCAUUCACUAAAAGAGACGGAAGAGCUGGAUCACCUCACCUCCCGGGAACUAUUCUGGAAAUCAGCCGACCAUUGUCCUGCUUCGCUUGUGCCACAUUCCUACCUGCGCUAGAAGCAACGCUCACGCUGAGAUUUAAGCAAUUCCUCUGGAUCCACGUAUGUGCCACAGGCCGGAGUUUGAAUCAGUUGCCCUCAAACUCCUACCUCCAUUCUUCCGAGCGUCCUCCUGGAGCUCUAUCUCCAUCAUACUCAUCAGACUAUCAACGAUACAUUUCCACUGUUCCUCAUUCCAGUCGCGGCUGCGCGCAAAACAAACAAACAGACAAGCCGAACGACGAGGAUCCUCGCUUCACCUUACAGCUUCCAGGUCCUGAACUUCGGACUCGGUGGAAUACAGCUGUAGAUAUACGCAGGACUUCAGCGCAAGAAGGAGCAGCAUUGAACAUGAAACUCCAAGAUAUUGCCAUCAUAGCUGCGCUUGUGGCAGGUGUCGCUGCGACGCCAUACUCGUUGAGGCACCGUCACGCUCACGGACUGAUCAAGCGCGAGCCGCGACCUGACAAUGUCGCCUAUCUACCUGCCGCCACUGUCACCAGCAUCGUCUACUGGCUGGAUGAUCACUCGAUCUCAGAGGAGGAGGUUCGCCAGGGCAUUGCUAACGGCACUCUUAUCUGGGGAGAUGAUGGUGUCUUAUCCACUUCAACGAGCAGCUCCGUUGUUUUGGAAACGCCCGCACCGGCCUCAGAGUCGCAGGCAUCAGUAACACAAGAGGUCCCACAGCCCCAGACUGUGCAGCCGGAAACCUCCGCGUUGCCUGACCCCCCCUCAUCCCUAACACCACCUGCAACGGAAGCCGAGCAGCCAUCAAGCGACCCCGCUCCAAGUGCUUCUCCGAACUCGCCACCACCAACACAGUCGGAUGGGUCUUCCCACAACCGGGCUGACCUGGUCGAUCAGAAUGGUCACUGCUCAUCGUGUGACAAAGAGUUCCCUAACAAUAAGAUUCCGUGUAAUGAGUUCCCGUAUGGAUAUGGUGCUCUCCCCAUUGCACAUGAAGGCUUGGGUGGCUGGUCGGGUAUCCAAGAUCCUCAGUAUAGCGGAAGCGAUGGCUUCGACGACAUUACCACCAUCGUCAAAGGCUCAUGUUCAGAAGGAUCGUGCUGUACGGCAGGCAGGUUCUGCUCCUAUGGCUGUCCAAACCCGUACCUCAAGCUUUCGUUUCCCAAAAAACAGGGGCGUACCGGCCAGUCUGUGGGUGGCUUGUUUUGUAACAACAAUGGCUACCUGGAGAUGGCAGAUGGGUCGCUCGGUAAGACCUUAUGCGGCCAGUCUUCUUCAAGCAUGACUGUCAGAGUUCAAAACAACCUGUCGAAAUCAGUCUCUAUCUGCCGGACAGACUAUCCAGGCACUGAAUCAAUGACUUUCCCACUCACUCUUGGCCCUGGUCAAAGUGGUUUCCUUGCCAGUCCUGAUCAGGGCAAGUACUACUUCUGGCAGGGUAAGGCAACUUCGGCGCAAUAUUAUGUCAACAAACAAGGAGUCUCUGAAAGUGACGCAUGUACGUGGGGUAAGCCGAUGGGUGGCGUAGGCAAUUGGUCGCCCACCAUCCUCGGCACGUCUUGGGACGAUGUCAAAGCGAAUGAAGGCUUCACUAGUCUCUUCCAAAACACUGAGAGCCCGAAUGAGAGGCUGGACUACGAUAUCACGUUCACUGGCGAUGGCGUCGUCUCGCCUUGUGCUUAUAAGCGAGCUUCUGGCCAGUACUGUCAGGGCAGUAAAUGCUCCGAUGACAUUAAAGGUGGCUGCACCGCUGCUAUUAAACGCGGAAGCACGGUUCUCAUCACCCUGUCUGAUGGGUGA